CUCUCUCCGCACUGCCAGAGGCUCAAGAGCAACCCUCUGUUAGUGCCCGGCUGGAAAGGUCCAUGGUGGAAUUUGGAAGCUCCGUGGUAAUAAAUUGCAGUACCAACUGCCCGCAUCCGACCUCUGGUGACCUCGAGACCAGCCUGGAGAAGGAGGCUGUAGGAAACGGAUCCCGAUGGAGAGCUUUCCGUCUCCUCAACGUCAGCCACUGGGAUCCCGUGCCUUUGUGCUACUUUGAAUGUCCUGAUGCCGGAGACAUGGAACCUCAGCGGGCGAACUUCACUGUUUACCGGCCCCCAAAGCUUGUGUUGCUGGAUCCGGUACCAGUGAUCGUGGUGGGAGAGAACUAUACCUUAACCUGCCGGGUCUCCAGCGUCGCCCCCAUCCGGAAACUCUCCGUGGCCUUCCUCCAAGGGCGGGAGACGGUGCACCUGCGGACGUUUGAGAAUCGCACCGAGCUCGAAGCCAGCGAUGUGGUGGUGAACCACACGGUAACUGCUCGACGGGCUGUCUACGGGGAGGUUAUCCGCUGCGACGCGGUGCUGGAUUUGCGGCCGGAUGGGCCUGUCGUCGGGAAGGCCUCCUCCUUCAAUCAAAUGCUGACCGUCAUGGACUAUACAGCAAUAUCUGUGGCCAUUGCUUCGAUAGCCACGCUGGCUCUCAUACUGGUGGGAACUGGCAUCUAUUCCUACUGUCCCAGAAAACAGUAGAACAAAUCCAGACACAAGGCGUUGGGAAAAGCUUUGUGCAACGACUCGGGUGAUGGAGUUGGGAAGCGCUUUGGAGGUGGGGAAGGGCCACGGAAAGAAGAAACGGAA